UCAUGCUGCUGCCAGGUCCAGAGUCUCUCAUGGGUCCCUGUACGGCCUCCCAUUGCUGCUGUCUCCAUCGCCACACUCUGCCAUGUGCCACUUUCAGGUCUCCUCACACUGCUGGUGUGUUCCAUUUUUUGUCAUAGGGUGCUGGCAGAUUACGGGCCUCCCAUUGCUGCUGCCAGGCCCGUAAUCUGCCAUGGGCCCCUGUACCGCCUCCUCAUGCUGCUGCCAGGUCCAGAGUGUGUCAUGGGCCCCCCGUACCGACUCCUCAUGCUGCUGCCAGGGCCCGUAAUCUGUCAUGGGCCCCUGUACCGCCUCCUCAUGCUGCUGCCAGGUCCAGAGUGUGUCAUGGGUCCCUGUACGGCCUCCCAUUGCUGCUGCCAGGCCCGUAAUCUGCCAUGGGCCCCCAUACCAACUCCUCAUGCUGCUGCCAGGCCCGUAAUCUGUCAUGGGCCCCUGUACCGCCUCCUCAUGCUGCUGCCAGGUCCAGAGUGUGUCAUGGGUCCCUGUACGGCCUCCCAUUGCUGCUGUCUCCAUCGCCACACUCUGCCAUGUGCCACUUUCAGGUCUCCUCACACUGCUGGCGGUUUCCAUUUUUGUCAUAGGGUGCUGUAUGGCCUCCCAUUGCUGCUGCCUCCACCGCCACACUGUGGCUCCACACUCUGGUUUUGGCCCCGUGACUGCCCAAAUGAGUGAAGUGUGCGGUGAUUCUAAGAUCGACGGCACUCAUCUGCAUGUCAUACUGACUGUCAGUAUUAUUUCUCUUCCCCAGCAGACUCCAAGGGCAUUUAAAUUAAGGGUACAGUGUUCUGCACUAAUAUAA